AUGAAACAGAAAGCCAUUGGUUUCCUUGCUAGCCUUGUUCAUCCAAUUCCCGUCAUGAGGCCUCAAGAUCUUGCAGAAACAGGUCAUGGGCGCAUUCACCUUUUAAAUCCCAAGACCGAUCGUCUUAAAAUUCAUGGCAUUGACACUCAAUUUACCAGCCAAUUUCAACCUAACGAUGCCAUCAUUUUACCUCGUAAUUCAGGCAAAAUCACCGUUGCAAAGAUAUUGUCUGACACUGAACUUAUUAUUAAAUCACCUAUUACCGAUAAGCGGGCACUUGAACACCUCACCAAGCCCUCGGGCUCUGCCUACAAAUGUUUACCCCAUAUUGACCAAGAUGGUGUUUAUGAAUGUGUUUACGAAGAAUUACAUGAGGGUCGCUGCAUCACGAUUUUUCCAGAAGGUGGAUCGCACGAUCGUGCAGAGAUGUUGCCAUUUAAAGCAGGUGUGACUAUUAUGGCAUUAGGCGCGAUGGCCAAAUAUCCAGGUCUUGAUGUCAAAAUUGUACCUUGUGGACUCAACUAUUUCCAUGCUCACAAGUUUCGUUCAAGAGCUGUGAUUGAGUUUGGUAAUCCAAUCACAAUCUCUAAUGAUCUUGUAGAAAAGUUCAAGAAGGGAGGAGAGGAAAAACGCGAAGCUUGUUCGAGUUUAUUAGAUACUAUAUUUUAUGCAUUAAAAGCUGUCACAGUCAAUGUUCCUAAUGAUCAAACUCUAAUGUGUAUUCAGGCAGCUCGUCGUCUCUAUAAGCCAGCUACUCAUCGUCGUCUUCAUAUUGCUCAGGUUGUUGAUUUAAAUCGUCGUUUUGUUAUUGGAUACAAUAUCUAUAAAGAUGAUCCACGUGUUAUUGACUUACAGCAGAAAGUAUUAGCCUAUAAUCAAUUAUUAAAAUAUCAUGGAUUAAGGGAUCAUCAGGUGCCAGAGAUUAAUUUAAGAGAGUGGAGAACAUUUUGUUUAUUAUGGUAUCGUAUUGGUGUUUUAAUUGUAUGGGCUCUAUUGUCAUUCCCAGGUGCAAAGAAAGCAAAAGACGCGUUAAAAUCAUCUUCAGUAAAGAUUAGAGGAAGGGAUGUAUUAGCUACAUGGAAAUUUUUAGUUGGUUUAGUCUUAAUACCCUUACUUUAUGGUUUGUAUACGCUAAUUGUGCUUUGGAUAUGUCUAAAAUCAGAUUUAAGUUGGUUCAAAACUUUGUUAUAUCCUCUUUUGACAUGGACCAUGUUACCUUUUAUUAGUUACGCGUCAAUGAGAUUUGCAGAAAAUGGAGUAGAUGUAUUCAAAUCUAUUCGCCCUUUAUACCUAGCUUUAGUAGACCCUGAUGCAUCUGCUAACUUACGUCAACUUCGUGAAAAACUUUCUCAGGACAUUACAGCAGCCAUCAACGAAAUUGGUCCUAACGUCUUUAGCGAUUUUGAUUCAUCCAAUGUAUUUAGAAGUGACAAUACAAGCGAAGAAUCUGUAUCUGAGUUAGCAUCAGGAGGAAGAACAUUUUCACAAAUUGCUAGUGAGUUUUUGACAGGCACUGCAAAUGUGUUGCUUCAUGACAGCAAUAUCUUUAAUUGGACAAAACAAGAAGAGGAAUCAGAUUCAGAUGAACAACUUUAUUUCUUAGAUAAGACAGGUAAUACGUCAACUACAGCUUAUAAUACUUCUGCUUCCGCAAGCGAUGUAGAAUUAUCAAAAUAA